AUGAGCGACAAUGACGCGUUUAUGGAAGAUUAUGGGGACUCAUUGAACGACGCGGGCGAUCCUUAUGAACCAAAAACCACCCGAAACGCAGCAGAGGCGCUGGACGCGUCCCUGCAAGCACCCAAUGCAAACGACUUCUCGAAUGCUCGCCUCAUCGAGGAGCUGGAGAACAGGAACUCGCGAGUAAGCGGAUUUCGAGAUCAAGAUGUGGUCACUCUUCAAAAAAUCCUGGACGCAGAAUUCGAGCUGGAAAAGGAAAGCAUUAUCAAACACCAGCGAGAGAAGAGAGAACAAGCCGCCAAACAAGCUGGUCUGCAACGGAAGCGCAUGAUGCUAGAGAGGCAGCUACGAGAAGAGAUAUCUGAGAUAGGAAAAGACCAAAGAAUUGAGUUUUGGCUGCACCUGGUGAGUUUCGUGUUCGUUCGCACGUGA